UUGUAGAAUUGUAUUUAGCCCCGUUAACUAGGAAGUAGAAAAAUAGAUAAAUAGCAACAUGUUCAAGUGUAUACCACUCUUUAAAGUUGGGUGCAACCGUCAGGUUGAAUAUGUGGAUAAGCGCCACUGCUCGCUUAACAAUGUUCCUGAGGAUAUUAUGCGCUACGCGCGAAGUCUCGAAGAACUUCUUCUUGAUGCAAACCAUCUCAGGGAUCUCCCGAAUAAUUUUUUUCGGUUAAAUCGACUCCGCAAACUCGGGCUCAGCGAUAACGAAAUCCAACGAAUUUCCCCAGAAAUUCAAAACUUUGAGUCUUUAGUUGAAUUGGAUGUGUCACGCAACGAUAUCACGGAUAUACCUGAAAAUAUUAAAGGAUUAAAAUCGCUUCAAGUCGCUGAUUUUUCCUCUAAUCCCAUAUCAGAACUACCUGCUGGGUUUGUACUUCUCAAGGCAUUGUCUGUGUUGAGUUUAAAUGAUAUGUCCCUGUCCGUCCUACCCGAGGACUUCGGUCUGCUCUGCAACCUCACCUCACUUGAGCUCAGGGAGAACCUUAUCAAGGACCUGCCGGAGAGUUUAUCUAAGCUGAAGAAGCUGCAAAGGUUGGAUCUAGGGGAUAACGAGAUUGAUUUUCUUCCACCUCACAUUGGAGAUCUAGAGUCAUUAGAAGAACUAUGGUUGGAUCACAAUGGGUUGACCCGGCUACCUGAGGAGAUCUCUAAACUGCAUGCUCUGGCUUGUCUUGACGUGUCCGAGAAUAAACUUGAAGAUCUACCGGUAGAAAUAUCAGGACUAAGUAAUUUGACGGACCUUCAUCUUUCACAGAACCUUCUAGAGAAACUCCCUGAUACUAUAGGAAUGCUGACUAAGUUAACAAUACUGAAAGCUGAUCAGAACAGGUUGGUGAACUUGAACCCUAAUAUAGGAUCCUGUAUCAGUCUACAGGAACUUGUCAUCACAGAGAACUUUCUUACAGAGAUACCAACCAGCAUAGGAAACCUGACGAAGUUGACGAACUUGAACCUGGACAGGAACAGGUUGGAGUUCCUUCCCUCGGAGAUGGGUCAUCUUGUAAACAUCGGGGUUCUCUCCCUCAGGGAGAAUAGGCUUGUAGAGAUCCCAAGUGAUAUAGGUAAUUGCCGUGAACUACAUGUUCUUGAUGUUUGUGGGAACAGACUUAAUCAUCUUCCCUUCAGUCUUACCUCGCUUAAUCUAAAGGCCCUGUGGCUGUCUGAGAACCAGGCUAAGCCAAUGCUUGCUUUCCAAACUGAUUAUGACGAACAAACUGGAGACCAGGUGUUGACCUGUUUCCUACUCCCCCAACUAGAGGUGGACGAAGAUAGAGAAAGCCCUGGUCCUAGGAAAGAUACGAACGGAGAUGGAUGGUGGAAUAAUCCUCAAUCUUGGGAGACAAAUCAGGUAAACAUAUUAUUUAGAGGUAGAAACUUUAGUCGUGAACUAGCAGCGAAACUGGGUUUAGUAUUUUUAAAAGUGAAAGUCAAGCUUUUCCUGUUAACAUAUUAUAUUAAAGAGGAAAUUUUAGUCAGGACUGAACUGAAGGCAAAGGCCCACAAACUCUUUGGGUCCCCGACCAAGCCGAGCAGCGAGAUGAUCGAGGAGCUGCAGGACCAGGAGGAGGGGAUGGAGGACGAGGGGAUCCAUCAGGACGAGGAGGACGAGGUCGCAUAUAAAGAACGAAUCCGGAAUGAGUUGAACCGCGGACUUCAGGAAAGGCGCACUUCAGCUGAACUCACAAGCGCAGUGCCGCAAACAGAUAUUUUGGAUAACACAGCUGCACGUGGUCGAGCAGAGCUAGCAAGUGAAGUAAUCGAGGCUGAUUUCAGACAGGGUAGCCUAGCUGACCGUCAACUUCCAGCCAGCCUAGCAGCUCGCCGUCAAAACAGUAAUCCUAGUGAUCCCGGUGUAGGGAGUGGGGCUAGUGCUAGUGGUGGCAGUGCUUGUGUUAGUAGAGACAGUGAGGAUGAUGAAGGUGAUCGGCUUGGUGCAGUUAGGUUUGAUACCGAGGAGGAGUCGGGAGAAGGAGGAGGGGUUGAUGGAGAGGAAAAGAUGAGACUUCAUAGACGGGAUACUCCGCAUCAUCUUAAGAAUAAAAGGAUAAACCAACAGAUUGACAAGGACAAGGUGGCUGACAUCAUAGCUUUAGCUCUUCAGAAGAAAGGAGUUGAUGGUGUGGAAGGACGGGGUGUAUCCCCGUUACCCUUAGAUCUGGGUCUACCCAACCCUAUGGUUAGACCUGUGUCUGCUACUGAACCUGUACCUGUACCUCCUAGAUCUAAUAUCAGUCUUAGUUGGGUAGUCUCUGGUUUAACUGAUAUAAGUCCAAUAAUCAGAUAUAUAGAAAACACUGAACCUCAGGGUGAUGACGAGGGAGUGUUUAUAUCUCGUAUAACCCCAGGAGGACCUGCAGAUAUUGCAGGGUUAAGGGUGAAUGAUAAAGUUUUAUCUGUGAAUGAUAUCAGUUGUAUAAAUGUAGAUCAUUACGAAGCUGUAGGAAUUUUAAAGGCUGCCGGUAGCAACAUUACAAUGGUGAUUGUCCGAGAAAUUACUAAAGUCCUGCCCUCCUCCUCCCCCCAGACAUACACGCCCCCUAAACCUGCCCCGCCCCGUACACACCUCCCACCUGUUCAGACAACCAGCCUGUCUAAUCUGUCCCCUGGCGCGUCCCUAUCAGGGACCCCCCUAACCACGACGCCCAUGUCCACGGUGCCCCUGAUGUCCUCGUCUAUGAGCUUGUUGUCUGGCACAAUGACCCCGUUAGCGACCAGUGAACGCAGGGAGUCAUCAACCCUUAAUCUCUCCAGGGAGAGUGAAGAUAUGGUCGUGAAAGUGGAGAAAAUAUUCACAACGCUUCUAAGGGAUAAUAGUGGAUUAGGGUUCUCAAUAGCUGGUGGUCUAGGAGCUGCACCUUACAGGGAGGGGUCAGAGCAUCUAUACAUAUCUAAACUGUCCGAGGGUGGAACUGCUGCUAAGGAUGGAAAGCUGGCGGUUGGAGAUAAAAUCCUUCAGAUAAACGGCGUUGAUGUCACUGAUGCACGUCAUGAUCAGGCAGUACAGAUGUUGACAGGCCUGGAAAGGUUUGUAAGACUUGUUGUUGAAAGGGAGAGUUUAGUCCCAAGAUCAACUGCUCCACCUUCUCUUAAUUCAUCACAGGAUAAAUCACCAAAGGUUUUUGGUGUACCGAAACCGUACACUGGACUUUACAGCGCUAGCUCGUACAUGGCCAACAGACCUAGCUAUGGUUUAAGGUCCAGGGAGCCAGGUAAUUACACUUUGAUGAAUACAGACAAGGGUUACAAGCUACCUGGGCUGACCAACUCAUCUGGAACAGAUAUAGCUAGGCGAAGUAGUUCAACCCUUCCUGCUGGUGGUAUCUCGAACCAGCAGUUUGAUUCUAUGAUCCCUCUGGCAAUCAAAUCAAAACUCAAUCAAUCAACAAAUGGGCUGGACACAGGAAGUAUCUCAAGUAUGCUGAUCUCUAAACCUGGAAUAGUUACUGAAUCUAUAACCAAAACUACAUUCACGGAAACCACGGUGCAAAGAGUGACAAAUACAAAAAUUAUCGACGAAGUAUGUUUAUCCCGUGCAGGAGGACCUCUUGGACUUUCCAUCAUUGGAGGCAGCGAUCAUUCAUGUGUUCCAUUCGGAACAGGGGAACAGGGUAUCUACAUCAGUAAGAUUAUCCCUGGAGGAGCAGCAGCAGCUACUGGUAGACUUAGGAUGGGAGAUAGAAUACUAAAGGUGAAUGCAGUGGAUUUAAAGUGCUGCACACAUCAGGAAGCAGUGCUGGCACUUCUGCAGCAGUGUGAAAUUAUGAUUCUACAGGUUCAACAUGAUCCACUUCCUGUUGGUUUUGCUGAGAUUGAUAUAGUGAAGGGAGUUGGUGAAAAGCUUGGGAUGGUUAUCAAAGGAGGAAUUAAGGGUUCUCCUGGGAAUCCCUUGGAUUCAGCUGAUGAAGGAGUAUUCUGUGUUAGAAUAAACCCUGGAGGAGCUGCAGCCAGAGAUAAUAGAAUAAAGGUUGGGUUGAGAAUAAUUGAGGUUAAUGGACAGAGUUUACUUGGUGCAACUCAUCAGGAGGCUGUUAAUAUACUUAGGAAUACUGGAGAUAAUAUCAAGCUUCAUGUCUGCCAUGGAUUUGAUCCUCAAGCAUUAGAAAGUAUAGAAGAUGGAGCUGAUCUACCAAAUCAUUCUGUCCUCCCUAUUCUUAAUGGUAACUCACCGUCCGAAUCCCACCAUUCUUCUCCUGAAUCAACUGAGGAAACCAGACACCAUCAAUAUUAUCAUAAUCAAGAAACAAUUGUCCCCGCCCUAGCGUCAUCUGUACCGUCUCCCAAAGUGUCUCCAGUCCCCACUCCUGAACCUGUCCUGGAGUCAUCUCCAGCAUUAUCUUCAAAUAUCCCAUUCUCUGUUCCAGUAUCAGAAACCCCGUAUAUUCCUGAAGAACAGACACCAACACCUCAACCCACUGUAGAAGAACAGACAGAAGAUGAACCUAGAGAAUAUCCGGGAUAUGAAGAUCAAUCUGAAACUCCCAAGAAGAAAACACAGCGACCUCCCAUUGCUGCCAAGCCCCAGUCUCCCCACCCCAAACUUGCUGGCAGCAUUGAUCCCACCCCUGGUAGUAUCCUAUCCAACUCAAUACCAUUCCCAGUUCUCUCCGGAGGGGAACAUGUUUCCCUCCCUCCACAGACAAAUACAGAUUCUCCUAUGCCGGAACUUCUCUCUCUAAAAGACCGUCUUAAACUUUUUGAAAAGGAGAUAGAACAGCAGACUAUUCCUGAACCUAAGAAGGAUCGUAAGUUCUCCUUUCUUUCUGAGGAUGAGCUGAUCAAGAUGAAGGAAGAGGAGGCUGCCAGGAUUGCGAACCUCACGAGGCUAGAUCUGGAGACCUUGGACUCCCUUACCUCCCUUGGUGGUUUAGAGGAUACUGAUGCUGUACUUCAGCAGGUUGAAGAGAUCACUAGAGUAGGUCCUGGUGAGAUAUUGCUCCCUGCAGCAGGUGCUGAAGAGGAAUCUGAAGAGGAGAAGAAGGAGAAGAGAAGUGUCUGGAGAAAAGAAAGAUUGAGAUCUCUAGAGGAGGAUGCUGAGCACGCUCAGGAGAUCGCCCAGCGUAUAUCCGAACUAUCAAUGUGCACAGGAGUUGAAGGAAUAGAUGAGGAUAAUGCUGCUUUUAUCCAUCCAACUGAUCCACAAGGAAACAUUACCCGUCUUACUGAUGGUCAUGAGCUGGAACAGGAGACAGAGACAGAUACAGAUACAGAUAGGACAGAUAAGAUGGCAACCUCAGAGGACCAAAAUACAGGCCCCAAUAGCCCUGUAUCCCUUCAUGAGGAAAGGAAUUAAAAUUCCCUUACACCCUUACACAAGAGAAAUAAAUCCCCCUGUUCUCUCCCUCUACACUACUCGAAGUAUGUACUUGAAAUUGUACAAGUGUACAACGUCAUUUAAACAUAAACAAUCCCUCUGAUUUAUGUACAUAUAUUUAACGUUAUUAAAGGGAUUGUACGCGAAACUUAAGUGACCCUCCAUGCAAAGAUGACAAUGCCGGAUUUACAACUAUACCCUUAAAACCAAAUCUGAUUUAAAAUUGUGGAAGAUACCGUCGUUUUUCUAACUUGGAAAACUUUAUUACUGUGAGAUUGUCCAUUGCUUCCUAUUAUAAAAAAGAGAGGGGAAAUGUGUAAAUAUGGCAUUGCUAUCUUUGCAUGGAGGGCCACUUGAAAUUACGCUUGGAGUCCAUUUAAAGAUUAAUUACUAUGUUUAAAUAUUUAUGUUUCUUCAAUUAAUGUCUGACAAAAAGAAAUCAAAAAAGGUUGAUGUUAAAACCUUCAUGUUUGCUUGUAAACAAACUCCUAUCAAAUAAAUGUUCAGUUAUAUGAUCACAACCCCAAAGUAAUUAGCUUGAGCAAAAAUGGUUUUGGAUAUUUUAACAAUUUUAGAUUUUGACUUUUUUGUUUGGACGUAAAUGCAAGCGAACCCUUAUAUAUAAAAGGGGUAUGUCAAACUUUUGCACGACAAUUUAUUUUCAUUAUUAAUCCGGCAGAGGACUUUAGGGUACCGUUGUAAAUCGGACAUGUACUUGUGUCACUUGAAACUAUGAUGCAGUCCCCUAAAGUAAAAAAAAACGCGUAAAGCAAUCCAUUGUUCAGUAUCGAAUUCUUUAAUAUUUAAUAUUGUAUAGAAUAACUAUUGAGAAAUUGAAUGAAAUGAAUAAAAAAUCUAUUUAUUAGUCUGUGAAUCAAGUCUCAAAGAAAGCUCCACAAGGUGGGUUGAAAGCUUGCUUAUGUGAUAUAAAUCAUAGAGAUGCAUUUUCUGUUGAAAUAAUUGGAGAAAUAUGUUAAAAAGUUGAUUAUUAAAUAGCAUUAGGUUAAAAAGUAGUAUAUUUUUUUCAAUAUUCAAAAACUCGAAGAUUGUUUUGAUUAUUAAUGUUUAAAGUUUAAGAAAAUGUGGCGGAGUAAACUAUUUUGUAUACUUGUUAUGUACUAUGUCUAUGUGUUUCUAUGUAUCUAUUCAUGUACUCCACUUUCAAUCAAUAAUAUUUUCAAAAAUGUAACUGGACAUUAUUUUACUGAAGUACAAUAAAAUGUUGUUUGUAAAAAAGAAGAUUUUAAAUUAACUGAUGUGACCAGUAUUAUA